AUGUUCGCCGUUCAGGAGAGCGUGCAGCGGAGCGCAAGCGCGUUGAAAGAGGAGCCGCUCGGGAUGAACGCGGCGGCGGUGAGGUCGUGGAUGCAGGGAGCCGGAGUGCUGGACGCGAGCACCGCCGCGCAGAGUGGGCUCGCUCUGGCUCGCGCGCACUUUGAGAAGCAGCCGCCUUCCAACCUGCGCAAAUCCAACUUCUUCCACUUCGUUUUGGCGCUUUAUGACCGGCAGGGUCAGCCGGUGGAAAUCGAGAGGACCUCAUUCGUUGACUUCGUGGAGAAAGAAAAGGAGACCACUGGAGAAAAGACCAACAAUGGAAUACAUUACAGGCUGCAGCUCCUCUACAGUAACGGCAUUAGGACAGAGCAGGACUUCUACGUGCGUCUCAUCGACUCCAUGACUAAACAGGCUAUCAUCUAUGAAGGUCAAGACAAGAACCCUGAGAUGUGUCGCGUGCUACUGACUCACGAAAUCAUGUGCAGUCGGUGUUGUGACAAAAAAAGCUGCGGGAACCGAAAUGAGACACCAUCGGACCCCGUCAUUAUCGACAGGUUCUUCCUCAAGUUCUUCCUGAAAUGCAACCAGAAUUGUCUGAAGAAUGCGGGGAACCCGCGGGACAUGCGACGCUUUCAGGUUGUAGUGUCCACCACGGUGAGUGUAGAAGGACACGUUCUUGCCGUUUCAGACAACAUGUUUGUGCACAACAACUCAAAACACGGGCGGAGAGCACGGAGGCUGGACCCUUCAGAGGGAACGCCGUCAUAUCUGGAGCAUGCAGCAGCACCUUGCAUCAAAGCCAUCAGCCCCAGCGAAGGGUGGACAACAGGGGGCGCUACAGUGAUAAUCAUUGGGGACAACUUCUUCGAUGGGCUGCAGGUCAUCUUUGGCACCAUGCUGGUCUGGAGUGAGCUCAUCACGCCUCAUGCCAUUCGGGUUCAGACCCCUCCUCGACACAUCCCAGGGGUUGUGGAGGUCACGUUGUCAUACAAAUCCAAACAGUUCUGCAAAGGCACGCCUGGCAGGUUUAUCUACACAGCCCUGAAUGAGCCCACCAUCGACUAUGGUUUCCAGCGGUUACAGAAGGUCAUUCCUCGGCAUCCUGGAGACCCAGAGCGCUUGCCAAAGGAGGUGAUUUUGAAGAGAGCAGCAGAUUUGGUAGAAGCGUUGUACGGGAUGCCUCAUAACAACCAGGAGAUCAUUCUGAAGCGGGCAGCCGACAUAGCAGAGGCACUCUACAACGUACCGCGGAACCACAAUCAGCUGACCAGCCUGACCAACAGCUCUGUCCAUGCUGGCAUGAUGGGAGUUAACUCCUUCACUGGACAGCUUGCCGUUAAUGUAUCCGAGUCUUCACAAGGAGGAAAUCAGGGCUUCAGUCGGAACACGAGCAGCGUGUCUCCUCACAGUUACGUGCCCAGCUCCACACCGCAACAGAGCAGCUACAGCACGGUGGCCACCAGCAUGAACGGCUAUGGCAACACGGCCAUGACCAACCUGACCGGCUCACCCAGCUUCCUCAACGGCUCCGCUGCCAACUCCCCCUAUGCCAUUGUUCCCUCCAGCCCCACCAUGGCGUCCUCCACCAGCCUGCCCUCCAACUGCAGCAGCUCCUCUGGAAUCUUCUCCUUUUCUCCAGCUAACAUGGUAUCAGCAGUAAAGCAGAAGAGUGCUUUCGCCCCUGUAGUCCGGCCUCAGACGUCACCCCCACCCACCUGCACCAGCACCAACGGCAAUGGCCUCCAAGAUCAGUCUUUUGUGGACUCUAACAAGUACUCAACUGCCAGCGCACUCCAGGGCCUGGCCUUCUCCUGAAUGAUCCCUGGAAUGAUUGUUCCUCCUAUGUAGUAUGUAUGUGGCUGUGUGUGUGUGUGUGUGUGUAUGUCCCUGAUUGUGUACAGAAGACUCCGGUCGUGGACUGACCCCUGCAGUCCGUCUCUGAAGGAUCACAACUUUAAACUCAGGCCCUUUUUUAAAACGUAAUCACCUUUGAAGUGAAGCGUUAUAAGGGGGAAAAAAUUAACCUGGACUAUUGUAUCAAGCUGUUUUGAUGUUUUGAUGAUUUGUACUCACCUUGUAGACACUUUUUAAAAUGAAGGGGGGGGGCAACGCCACAGAUGGAUCUUAUUCGCCCCGGCCACACUAGUGCAACAGAGUUCUAUUUAUUUAGAAAUGUUUGGAUUUUGGUUUGCCAUCAUACCUGUGUGUUUUUGUGGAAAAACAAAUGUUAUACCCUUUUAUGAAAUGUAAAAUACACAAAGGACACGAGCUGCAGUGUUUUCUAUUUAUGAUUUUAUAUACUAAAUGAAGGAUUAUUGAGGAUAUAUGAUAAGACCAGUACUGAUCACAGAUCAUUCUCACUUAAAGCCAAAUUAGUUGGAUGACCUAAUUUGUUGUUAGUGCUUCAAAUCCCUUCGUAAUCUCAAUUCGGCAAACGCCGACUAAAUACAGUCUUGUCAUGGUCCAAAUGUUUCACCAUUGCCAAAACUAGAACCUCCACUAAAAUCAUGCCAUGCCAUCUUCAGUUUAACUGCCAUAACUGUGUGUUUAAUAGAUCAUUAGAUGACACGUUGGCCAAUAACAACAAAAAAGGUUGCUAACUAAUUAUUUGAAGUGUUUGUUGCCACCAUUGAUGGAAUUUUUAUGAAGGAUUUGUGUUUUCAUGGUGUUGCCAUUUCAGAUUAAAAGAUGUUUGUUGGUUUGAAAUGUUUUCAUAUUUAAUUUUUUAAGCAAAGAAACUGUGAUCACAUUUAGUUUUGCUCUCAGUCUAUCCCUAAUGAUUUGACAGUAAGUAAGGAAGGAUAUAGUAAAAAGGGAUUCCACUUUCGCAAAAUUCCUGCAUGAUUGAAUUGGAAACAUGUAAACAAAAUCAUUUAGAGUGGUUUGAUGUGAAAUUCUCCAUUCCAGAGAAUUCUGAAUCAGAGUUGUUCACAGUGGUGGUGAUAGGAACCAGAUGUCUGCCUCUAAAAGCUUUCUAACAAAUUACAUGAAAUUGUUACAGACACUUUGUCUAAAGAUAUAGAUAUUGUUUUGAGGCAUGAUUUUGGCCUAAAAUGUAUUUUUUUCAUUCAUGACAGAGAUUGUAAGACAUUGUAAGGCAGAAUAUUACUGAAAACUUAUUUUCUGCCUAUUUUACCAUGAUCACUAGUGCAUUAGUUGUUUUGCAUAGUAUAUAAAAAAUUUAUAUUUGCAUUAUGGACUGCGCACACUCUGGUUCCUAUUUCCCAUCACCACUCUGAAUGACUUUGUUUACAUAUUAUCUAUUUAAUUAUGCAGAAAUGUUGAAAAAUUGGUAAAAUGCCCCUUUAAUUAAGCAUUUAUCAGGCUGAUGGUGAGUCCGCGCUGCUCUCUGGGUCAUGCAGGAGUUUACUCGAUCAGGCUGAUACUAGAUCAGAGUUUAGAGGUGUGUAUUUUUGGGCCGUGGACUUCAGAGUCAGCACUGUGAAAAUAACACAACCCCUUUUAUGAAUCGUAGGAUUUCUGAAUGAUUUAUUGUCCUUUUCGGUUUUCGAAAUGUGUGUUUUGUACAGAGUGAUACGUAUGCAAUUUUUUUGUAAAUUCUUUUAUUUUGCCAAAAUUAUUAUUUGAAAAAUAUUUAUACAUCAGAAAGAAGUCUUAAGGCAGCUUUAUAUGAACUAGUCUCACUGAUAUCGUGUUUACGGCAUACGCAACAGAUCUCAUCCCACUUAGCUAGGAGAUUUUGCUGAUCAGAAAAAGGGAUAUAUGUAAAAUAUCCAUAUAGCAUAUGUAUGUAUCGCUUAAAGUUUGUACAUUGCUUCUAUCUGCGGCUCUCCAUUCAUGUUUGUGUGUUUGCUGUUGUAAUGUGCGGAUCUGUCCUUAAAUGUGAUGUUUUGAAUUUGCUUACUUCAGUUUUGUGUUCAGAAUCACGCCCACAUUGUUAUUUCCAUCCUGCAAGAGGCCAAUGGUUUAUUUUUAUACCAUUUGUAAGUUAAUGAAAUGUUGUCUUAACAGUUUUUUUGUUGGGUUUUUGUAUCAUGUGGCAAAACGUGUGAAAUAUUUGAUACAUAAGUUCAGUGGCCCCUUUACACCUGAAUAUUAUAUAUGUGCUUUUUUUCCCUUUGUUUUUUAUUGGACAUCUCAGAGAUAUUGUUUUAUGCACAGUAUGUACAAUAUCUCAUGCAUCUUAAUCCUUAAUGUUCCCACAACUUCAGGUUUUCUCAUGUCCACCAGCAGUUACAAUGCCUUAACAAUGCAGAGUCACAUAAAUGUGUAGAUUUAACCACCAGUGCUUUGCUGUCGACUUUGCUGGGUAGUUUAUACAGACGUGAUCAUUUCUGAUUGUUUGAAACAGCACAAAAAUCCACAAAAAUCUGUGUUACUGAAAAGUCUUAAAGUUCCCCAAUUGUCAUGAUUUCACUCAGAAUGCUCUCUAAAUGAUCCCCUUCUCAAAGGAGGCUGUGCUUUUACAGUGAACUAACCAUCUUUUUUUUAACUUUAUCAAAUAAAGUUUCUAAGUCAUAACAUUGCUUACUCACUGAGGAGGUGGACGCCUUAUCAAUUUACACAAAAAGUCCUAAUUAGCAGGAAAUGUUAUUUGACUCUCUUCCCCUGUUUGUUCCCAUUACUUCUCUUAGACUGGACACUAGGUGGGCAGUUAUAUAUUGCUGGGGAGGGAAAUAAUAUAAAAAUGAAAACUACUGUAAAGAUUAUCAUUUUCUAAUUAACUUUGAACUGUAAAAUAACUUUUCAACUUUCACAAUAUUUAAUUAAAGUUUCUUCUUGUCUGUGGCCAUUCA